GUCGUUUGAGACAAACGGCUUGUGGAGUUGUGAAUGAGCGAGGAGCGGCUGGAGUGGAGCUGACGCAGCUCUCCAGCUGGAGGAGCGCGCGCACAGACAGGAGCGCGGUCCGAUGGAGCGGCAGCAGCGGCUUCUGAGCGCACGAAGCCGGGUUUUACCCACACAUCUGAGCGCAUCCGCAGGGGGAUUUACCAGGAGUAUUCUGCAAUAAGAAAACCUGGCGUCAUCUAAAGUCAAUCUGAAGACUAACACGGCAAAAAGAUGGAUUCUUUACAGCUACUUUAUCUGCUGGUCUUGUACGGAUCUCUGCCAAAAGUGUUAUCGGUGCAGAUGUGUGACGUAAUGAACGAGAUUGAGCUGGAGAAGGAGCGCUGUGAGAACAGUACUUCUGGGAACAUCACUUCAGGUUGUCCAAGCAUGUGGGACAUUGUGGCGUGCUGGCCUUACUCCAGAGUCGGAGAGGUGGUUACCAUAAGCUGCCCCACCUACUUCAGCUAUUUCAGUGACCAACAGAGAGGGAACCUCUCCAAAACCUGCACAGCAGAUGGCUGGACUGAGAUGCAUCCUGUCGACAUUGCUUUGAACUGCGGCUAUAAUCUUAACAGUACCAGCGAUGAUGGAACAUUUUUCUGGCAAGUCAAAAUGGGCUAUACCAUUGGUCACAGCGUUUCGCUCAUCUCUCUCACGACAGCUACUGUGAUCCUGUGUAUCUUCAGGAAGCUUCACUGCACCAGGAACUACAUCCACAUCCACUUGUUUGUGUCAUUUAUCCUGAAGGCCAUUGCCGUGUUCAUCAAGGACGUUGUUCUGUACGAGGUCGGGGAGGUGGAUAACUGUUCAUCUGGCUCACUCGGCUGCAAAGCGGUGAUAAUGUUCUUCCAGUACUGCAUUAUGGCCAGCUUCUUCUGGCUUUUGGUCGAGGGUCUUUAUCUUCACGCUCUGCUGGCCGUCUCCUUUUUCUCCGAGAGGAAGUACUUCGGCGCCUACAUUCUGAUCGGCUGGGGAGGCCCUUCAGUUUUCAUCACAGCUUGGAGCAUCGCUAAAGCUUACUAUUAUGAUGUCGGGUGCUGGGACAUAAUUGAGCCCACUGACAUGUCCUGGUGGAUCAUAAAAACUCCAAUUUUGGCAUCGAUCUUGGUGAACUUUAUUCUCUUCAUCUGUAUCAUCCGGAUACUUCGCCAGAAGAUCAACUGUCCAGACAUCGGAAGAAACGAGUCCAACCAAUACUUGAGAUUGGCAAAAUCAACGCUGCUUUUGAUCCCCCUGUUUGGGAUAAAUUUUAUAGUGUUUGCAUUCAUCCCAGAGCAAAUGAAGACCGAGCUUCGGCUAGUCUUUGACCUUAUUCUGGGAUCUUUUCAGGGCUUUGUGGUUGCAGUCCUUUACUGUUUUCUCAACGGUGAGGUCCAAGGAGAGAUCAAAAGGAAGUGGCGGAGGUGGCAUUUGCAGAGGUACAUGGGCUCAGACACCAAAUACCAGCAUCCAUCAAUCGGCAGCAGCAACAACUUCAGCACCCAAAUCACCAUGCUGACAAGGUGCAGCCCCAAAACGCACCGCGGCUCAUCCUCCUGUCAAGAUGACCUGUCUUGCGUAUGACUUGAAAAAUAAACACAUACAAGCUGAGAUGAAUCAUUGAACAUAUCACACACCGCAUGUGAAGCCUUUGAAUGAUUUGCACACUUUUUGUUUGCAGUGAAAAGGGAAACAAAUGAGCUCCGGAGCAGAUUUAAUCAAGUGACAAAGAUAAAUUGCCACAAACACAUCCUACUCAUUGAAGUCACAGCCACCCACCUUAUUAGCUUCUGUUUCACAAUCCAGGGCAGGUUAAUGAGCGAAUUAGUGAGUUAUCCUUACAGAUCAUUUUCCAAAUGAUUAUUACCUUCCAGAGUGCUGCGACUCAGAGCAAACAGUGUGCUUAAGUGAGCAUUCCAAAUGGGAACUCCACAAGCAGCCUCAUGAUUUGAUGUAAAUAUGAACUGAUUAAAAAUCAUGCAGAGGAGUUUCUGCUGCUCCAAACAAACCAGGCUUGCAUUAGCGCAGAACCAUUGAAGGAAAAAACACUGAUGUUUCUGAACAGGAAAUUACAUAAUUGAUGUUGUGACAGAGCGGUGGCCAAGAACAGGCAAGGAGUGCAGGUGUGUUUGAGAAGUGAGCAGAGAUGAAACUUUGCUUUAAACUGCAUGGAUGAACAGAAACAAAGCAGUGUGCAAUGCUCCGCUUUACUGACUGCAAAAGGAAGUCAGAGAGAGAAAAGCUGGCACAGGCAGAAUUUGCAUAAAUGCUGAAGAGUUGAGGCUUCACACCAGAUAACCAGAGUGAAACUGAUUCACAGUGACGGGUUUGGAGCACAACUGCCCUGCUCUGCAGUAUCGUUCUCAAGAGACUGAUUGCUCUUUGCCUUCCUUAUAUCAACACUGCCUAACCCUCUCUUUUUUUGGAAAAUCUGUGAUUGGGGUAAUGUUUUUCAUUAUUUCUUGCAAUGUGAAAACUCUGUGCUUAUCACUGGUGAGUGCCUCAUUUGUUGUGACAUGUUUAGGGAGGAAAGGCCUUCACCCUUGUCCUUGAAUGUUUACAUUUACUCAAAAGGGGAAAAAAUAAUGUAGAGAUAGUUGUACAGUGUAUAGAAAAGUGUUGCCUAUAUGAUUCUUUUUGUGCUGUGUUUGCCAAUUAUGUCUGUAAAACCAGUAAUGUUGUCACUAUGUUGUUUGUUAUUGGAGCAUGUUGAAUUUAAAAUUCAAAAUUAUUGUGUUAAAGCUUGUCUAUGUGGUUUGUCAAGUGUAACUCUGCUUUAUUAUACAGAGGAGUAAUACGCACAGCGGACAGAAACGAGCUUGAACCUCCAUUAUGAAUAAUAAUUCCUGAAACCUCCACCAACUUGUCAGGUUUACACUUUUCUCAUGGAGAACUUGGAAAGUGACAAGUCAGCCGAGAGUGCAGGAGCCUGAUUGUAAGGCAAGGCAAGGUGACAAGGAUGACUGGCCCUGUCACAUCGGGGCUUUCUAAUGUGCUUUACAGCUCUCUUUGAGUGGACCUGAAAGUCACCCACACGUUCACUCAAGAGAAAACAUCCAGGAGCUUCAGCUCUCCUCUGAUGAUAAAAUACAUAAAUAAAUUAAACACUGAAAAGAUAAAUUCAGCAUAACCAAAAAUAACCAUGAUGUGAAGUAAAAAAGAAAAAGAAAAACAGUCUCCUUAUGUGAAACCGUUUGUUAAUGAUAGAAGUUAGACCAUCGGAACCAAAUCCAGCCGUUUGUUGGUUUUUAAAUAUGAAAGCCCCUUUUUUUUGUACAAUUACAUGAAAAGAAAAUCGGAUUUUAAAAAGAUCUAUAAAAGACUCUUAAUGGUCUGACUCUGCUUUGACACAAAGACUAGAGUUAAAGAGCUUUAGUGCGUUUUUAGCUGUCAUCAUCCAUUGUAGAUUUUAUUUGGUAGCUUUAAAGCCCCACUCCAAUGAAAAUCACGUUUUGUUUUUUUUUUUACUUGUUCUUAUGGCAUUUUUGUGUUGAUGAAGAAUAUUCUACAAGGAAAAUUAGGCUUAAAAUUGUGUUUCUGAGUAUUUCUUUAUUCAAAAUGUUGUGAAAAAGCUUGAACCAGGUGCUAUAAUCGGCGGGCUACAAGCUCCCUGCUUUCACGCUGAAAAAUAGAUCCAAUAAUGUCUUCAUUCUCCUCAUUUGAGCUGUUAUCUGGCUCAAAACUGUACGGCUGGAUACCAUCAAUAUUGCUCGUCAUUUUUGCUGCACAAGUAAUGUUAGGUUGUGAGGUGCUGUGAGCUUGCUGUAAGCUACCUGUAACCUGAUAGCAAACAAAUGGAUGAUGGGAAAUGAGUCCUGCCCACAACGCAGAGGCGAAUUUCUAUUGAAGUACUGCCGCUCUGCAGAAACUAUGUCCUAGAAAACAACGUUUUUUUUUAGAUUUUGCCUAAAAACAGAGUGAUCACAAUUAAAAGACCACUGUAAACAGUUUUACAAUAGAUCAAAAGACGAUUGGAGUGGGGCUUUGAAGAGUUUGUUGCAAUAUUCACCUUUAUUUCUGAGUUGAAAAAGGAAAAGAAGCUCUAGUUGUUUCAGUUAUCAGAAAAUAAAAGUGUAAUUUUUAACUAACAGCUAUUCAUGUUUCGUGUUGCUCUUUUUUUUAUUUUUUAUUAAUAACAAUGCUUAUUGUAGUUGAGAGAAUCUGCAAAAAUACCUCCUAAAAAGUUGAAUGUGUAACAAAUUAUGGUCGUAACCAUGAAUAAACCAAUGGUGACACAUCUAAAGUAAGUAUUCAGUACUGAAUCGUGUUCAGGAUUUGUUAAUGUCUUGUAAUGGUUUCACAAUACGUGUAUUACGAGUGCAAUACAGGUGUACUGUACAUAUUUAUUUAUUGCCAGAAUUCACCAUUUUUUUACUCAAGCAACUUUUUGGUGUCAGAAUUUGGUUUUGUUUUUCCAGCUUAUUCUGUAGAUUGUAAAACACGUUUAUUGGCAGAGAAUCUAUUCAGCCAUUUUUGACAUAGCUCCAUUUGUAUUGUGUAAAUAAAUUGUUUUAAAAGGAAA